AUGUCGCGAUGCGCACCCGUCACCACAGAGAUUCCGCCGAUGAAAGAUCUGUCGUCGGAAAACAUCACAGAAAACGUCAAAAUAUUAAACAAUCAGUGCCUGAGUCCACGGGUACGAUAUGUUUUCGACCGCUUGGUCACGCAUCUCCAUGACUUUGCACGAGAGACGUGUCUGUCGACUGAAGAAUGGCAAACCGGCAUCGACUUUCUCACAGCAGCCGGUCAGAUAAGCGACGAUCUGCGAGCCGAGUUGAUCCUGCUCUCCGACACGCUGGGAAUGAGCUUGCUGGUGGAUUCCAUCAACCAUCCCCGCCACGAUAAAGCAACAGAAGGAACGGUCUUGGGGCCAUUCCACACACACGACGCUCCAGUUACGAAUAGCGGCUAUGUUCUCCACGAGGAUCCGGAUGCUCCCCGACUGUUUGUCCUCUGCUCUGUACGAGAUUCGGUUGGAAAGAAUAUUUCUGAUGUAGUCUGCGAUGUUUGGGAAGGCGAUGCGCAUGGCUUCUAUGAUGUUCAGAAUCCAAACAGAGACCACCCAGACGGCCGUGCAGUGCUUCGAAGCGACGGUGAAGGUCUCUUUUACUUCACUGCUGUGGUGCCAGUGCCUUACCCAAUUCCGAUGGAUGGCCCAGUAGGCGCGAUGCUGAGGCUCCUCAACCGCCAUCCCAAUCGGCCAGGGCACAUCCACUUUAUGUUGAAGAAGGAAGGAUAUGAUACCCUAAUCACGGCGUUGUAUCCGAGAGGAGACCCGUACGAGACGUCAGACCCGGUUUUUGGCGUCAAGGAUAGCUUGAUUGUCGAUUUUGAGACCGUCGAUGAGAGUGUCAGCAAGAAGUACAACGUUCCUAUUGGUACAAAGCUGCUCAAGUACGAUUUCGUUAUGAUGUCUCAAGAAGAGGCACAAGAGCUUCGAGGUGAAAGGUCCAAGGAGGCGUUGCGAAAAUUGGGUUUAGAUGUAGAUAUCGUUGACGGACUCCCCGUGCCAGCGCUCGAUUAG